UAGAUGUACAUAAUCCCUGAGUUGACCCAGAAAAUAGGCAGUCGUUUCAAGAUCUGAUGCAGUAGUCUUUGUGCGCACCGUCCCCGCUUUGAGCAUGAAGCGUAACCCCGAGGAAUACGUCCUGUAAUCCGAAGGAGCUUCGCCUCGCACAGGAAAACUGAAGUCGCGCAACUUUGAGAAAACGCAACGGAUACGGGAGGCAUGGGAGAUCAUAUGAUGAUGUCCAUGAAUCACAGCUCAGCAGGCACUGGUCUCCACGGUUACAGAAUGGGCAUGAAUGGCGGCCUGCAGGCGGGUCACCAGCAGCACGCUAACCAGCAGGGCAUGAGGGCGCUUCCCAACGGCCAGAUGAUGCACUACGGAGGCAACCAGGCCAGCAUGGAGGCCGCCAUUAGGCAGCGCCAGGGCAUGGUUGGCGGGCCCAUGAACGGACAGCUCAAUGGAGCCCAGAUGGGUCAUCACCAGAUGACCUCUGGUAACAUGAUGUACAAUGGACAGCCUCAGCAGCAGCAGCAGCAUCACCACCCUCAGCAGCAGCAGCAGCAGCAUCAUAUGCACCCACAGCAGCAUCAACAGCAGGCGCCGCAUCCACAGCAGCAGCAGCAGCAACAACAACAGUUCAUGAAUGGAGGGUUAACAUCUCAGCAGCUGAUGGCCAGCAUGCACCUGCAGAAGCUAAACACCCAGUACCAUGGACACCCACUGGGACCUAUGGGUGGGAACCACAUGGGGCCUACAAACCAGUACCGCAUGAACCCAGCUCAACUGGCUAGCAUGCAGCACAUGGCCGGACCGGCACUGGCCCUAAAUGGAAUGGACGCGGAUAUGAUUGACGAGGAUGUCCUGACGUCACUAGUCAUGGAACUGGGCUUGGACCGGGUCCAGGAGUUACCGGAACUCUUUCUGGGCCAAAAUGAGUUUGAUUUUAUCUCAGACUUUGUGAGCAAGCAGCAACCUAGCACUGUUAGCUGCUGAAAGGACCUUUGUUUGCAAUGGGCCACACUUGGAGGAGGAGGUGUAAGCAUUGUCCAGGAAGGAUGGAGAGAGGCUGUUGGUUUGAUUUUAAUUUCAUGAGCACAGACCAGUACAACUAAACUGAAGUUGCAGUGCUGGAUGUGCAAAAGAGAACUCUGGAUAUCCACAGCUUGUGUUUGGUUGUGGCUGGAGACCGUUCACCAUCCUGGACAUGAAUGUAACUAAGAAAUCCUUAAAAUCUCAAAAGCCACUGAACAAUACUAUGACACUAUGUAGCCUCUAAGUCUGGACUCUCUGACAGUUUACCAGUAAAAAAAGGUGUAUUUAUUUAUUCCUAUCUGAGAAAACUGAUAGACAGAAGAGUCACCUUCUCUGUUCUUGGGAUCCAAGUGGUUUUUCUGAUCCUUUUUUUUUUUUUUAUUGUUUUUUUGUUUUUUUUUUAAACAAGUUUGGGUAGGAAUAUGGAAAUUUAGGAUCUCUGCUCAUGGACUUUCCUAUUCUGUUUGGCUUAAUAUUAAAAUUAUUUCAUUAAAGAAAGCAAUGCUCAUUUUAUCUUUAAUCACAAAAGUGAUACAGUGGAUCAUUAGUGAUGAAAUGCACACUUUCAAGUAAAAUGCUUAACUCUUGGUAAAGUGCGGCCUUUUUAAGAUGUGAUGUUCUAAAAACAAAAUCUACUGCUUGUACUGUAUGAAGCUGUAAAACUCCAACAUGUCCACACUGUUUGUGUUCUAUUGGAGAUGUAGAACCGCCUUAAUCAUGCAGAUUUUUAUUUAUUGGUUGUUUAUAUUGUUCCCUUUUUUUUUUUUUCGGUGGUCUUUGUGAAAGGGGGUUUUGACGAUCAAUAAAAAUGGCCUGGAUAGAAGUGUG